AUGGACGCGAGCGACGGUGAAUCCGUCGCACGGGCGACCCAUGCGACGGGCGAGACGACGUCUCUCACCAAGAGACCUCACACCCACCCUCCCAGCCUCCUGCCUUCCUUCCUCCCGUCAUUUCAUCCCUCGUCCCUCCCAGCUCUGCCGUCAUUCCUGCCUUCGUCCCUCCCCUCGUCCCUCCCCUCGUCCCUCCCCUCGUCCCUCCCGUCGUCCCUCCCGUCAUCGCUCGUCCCCUCGUUCCUCUCCUCCGCCAUUCACAAGCCCGCCGUCGUCGUCGUCGCGCUCUUCCUCGCCUGCCACGUCAUCUUCUUCCUCGAGUUCCCCGUCUCCUUCCGUCUGCCGCACACCGCUGUUAUCGAGGAAGCCCAUAACGAAGCAGCACCGAGCGCGCUAAUUGACGACAGUAGUAUCAGCAGUACUAUUUUUGGUAGUACCAGCAGCAGCAGCGCCACUAGUGUUUCGAUUAGUGCUACUCCCCUCGUCGCUACUACCUCUCGGCUCGGAGAUUCAUCUCACGGCGACGUAUCCGUUAUAAGCCUCCUCGGCAUUUCCUAUUCCUGCCUCCGCCUCCUUCGCGAAAGGGCCGACAACAGUUUUCCUGAUUUCGCCGGUAACAACAGUUUCGCCGACUCAAACGCCACGAAGAUAUCCGAUGGCGCUGGUAGCAGCACGGCAGCAGGUCGAUCCGGGGGCGGAAGUGCGGCGGAGUUAGACGCGUGUCGAACACGCCUCCUCGAGGCCUUUCGACGGCUGGCCCUUCGCGCUCAGCAGGCGGAGGUGGCACAGGGGGCGAGUGGGGAGCAGUGGGAGCAGGCGGGGGCGGAGAAGGGGGAGAAGGGGGAGCAGGGGGAGCAGGCGGAGAAGGGGGAGCAGGAGGGGCAGGCGGAGAAGGGGGAGCAGGCGGAGAAGGGGGAGCAGGGGGGGCAGGAGGGGGAGGAGGAUAAGGUGCAAGUAACCAAGUCUAAAUCCGAGGCUAACAACGCCACCGAGCCACCCACGGCGGCAAUUAGCAACACCACCGAGCCAACCACCGGGCCUAUUAAGAACAACACCGGGCCUCCGACCGAGGCUGACGUGGCGGAGCAGCAGGCAGGUUCGGUGGGGCAGGUGUGUUCCGAGGAUUGGAAACGUGGCGUGCUGGCACGAGCUGCCGGCAGCAGCUACAUCCGAGCGGCUGUAGCGGCGAAUGUGACAGGGGUAGAGGGCAUUGAGGCGGGUAUAGACGAAGUGUGUGGGGGGGUGAAGGAGGUGGAGAGGCGUCUGGUGGGAGGAGGGCAGGCGGACGGCUGUCACGGGGGCGACGGGAGUGGUGCAGACGAUAAGAGUGGUGGGAGUGGUGGGAGUGGUGGGAAUGGCGGAAGUGGCGAGAGUGGCGGGGCGGGUGGGCAUGGUGGGAGUGGCAGGAGCCAAGAGAAAUGCAAGCAGUGGCCUGAAAGCUGCUGGCCGGUUCCCGGGGUGCCUCUUUCCCUCUCACACGUACAGCGCCUCUGCACACAUGCUCUCCUGCUGUCUCUGAACGUCGCUCGCCACCACCGCACCACCAACCCAUCACAGAGAGCCUCUUGCCCUCACGUCCUGGUGCUGAGCUUCCCAGGCCAGCACAUUCACAGCGCGUGCCUGUACCACCCACCUUUCUCUCUUUCCCCCCCUUUUCCCUCCACCCCUCUUUCCCUCACAGCAGAGCGUCUCUCGCUCUCGUGUCCUGGUGCCGUGUCUCGGCCCUUCUUCUUUGUCUUUGGCUUCACACACCAGCACACCACCCACGCUCGCCUGUACCACACCAUCCACCUUUCCCUCUCCCCCCACCCUUCUCCCCCCACCCCUGUCCCCAACCCACAGCAGAGCCCCUCUCGCCCUCGCUUCCUGAGCCCCUCUCGCCCUCGCCUUCGGGUUUUUGACUUCUCAGUCUCGCACACCACCCAAGCUAGGCUGCUGAUGUGCCUAAUACCCCCUGCCCAUCUUCCUUCCCCUGCUCCCAACCCAACCAACCCAUCGCAGAGCCCCUCUCGCCCGCGCUUCCUGGUGCUUGGCUUCUCAGGCAAACCAACCACCCUCGCGCGGAUGGAUGUGGAGGAGGCAGCGAGGAUAGCCCGCAUGUCCGGCCGCAUUCUGGUUCUGCCCAAGGUGGGCGACAGUCACGUCUCUCUCGCCCAUCCCCUGCCCCUCUGCGCCUACUGGGACCUCUUCAACCUCUCCCACGCCGCCACGCCGAAGGUCAAUGCCGUCCCCAGCGUCAAAGACAGCCCUGAGAAGAACCAUUCCAACGCCUCCCAAGCCUCUCAGUCGCCCGAAGUGCUGCCGAGCCUGCCCCACGUGGCUUGGAUGUCGCCGGACCUCUUCCUGCUGCUCGCCCGCGCUGCUGCUGCUGCUGCCUCUCCCCCAACCAACGGCUCUGAUACCAGUGGCUCGGAUUCCAGUUCAGAUAUUUCGGGUGUUGCUGGGCUGAGAAGCCCCGCGGUGGGCUUCGUGUGGGUGCAGUCGCGGCACGCCCAGCAAGCCCCCUUUCUCCAUGAGCCCCUCGCGUCCAUAAUGGGCCAUCUACUGCCAUACGCCAUGGGCCACGUGCCUCUCCCCUCCAACACGCUCGACCUGCGCCUCCCAGUGCGAGCUGACGCCGUGCAAGUGCUCAUGCAGGCCUGGCAAGAUAAAGACGUGGUGGUGUGGGUGAAGGCAGCAGCAGGCAUGAUCGAGUUCGACCCGCCCACAGGCAGCCUCGCCUUGGACUCUCUGCCCUACAGCAGGCAGCUCCAUGUACUCGCUACAAGCCUGCUCGGCACUCUCAAUAAGAGUGUGAUGGCCGUGCGCUUGCAACCUGACGUGAUUGCUUGGAGAGUG